GAUAAUUCACUAUCACACCAAAUUUUGAGAUACACAGCGUCUUAUAAUCCAUCGCAUCCAGAAAUAUGCCGAGUGACCAUCAUCCCUCUAAACUAAGAGUAGCAGUGAUCGGCGCCGGACCGGCCGGACUGGGCGCGGCCAUUGAGUUUCAAAAACUGCCAUUCGUUGAUCUGCAGGUAUAUGAACAAGCGAAGGAGCUGCGAGAGGUAGGCGCCGGCAUCAGUAUCCAGCGGAAUACAUGGCGCAUGUUGGAUGCGCUCGGCGUAUAUGAUAACAUUGACCCGAAGAAUAUCUUUCGGGCGCCGGAUGGCCAUUCUGUUCAGCAUCGAAAUGGUCGGACAGGCGAACUCCGGAUAUCCAACGGACAAGAAGAUACGCCUCCGCGACACAAGCACGCUCGAGCUUUACGAUCCGUUCUACAGCAGGCUUUGCUCAAGGCGGUUGAUCAGUCCAGACUGAGACUGUCUAGUCGACUUACUAAGGUCACCGAGCUACCUUCCAGACGACUAUCUCUAUCGUUUGAAGACGGAUACUCCGAUGAGGUAGACCUUGUCGUGGGCGCAGAUGGCGUUCGAUCAGUCGUCCGUCAACACGCCUUCCCAGACCACCGUAUCAGCUACACCGGAACAACCGCCUACCGUGGCCUCGUUAACGCCCAAGAGAUCCUCAGCAUCAAGGGAUUUCCCGAUGCUGUGACUUUCUGGCAUGGCCCAACCAGAUGGCUGUAUACAUGCAAUUUGAACAACGAUAUAUACGAAGUAACAGCGCGGACCGAUUUACCGGAAGAUGGCAAGACCGUGAGCUGGGGCCAGGAUGCGAAUAUUGAUGAUAUUCGGCAUCGAUAUGACGAAUUCUCCCCGGUCGUCAGGGAAGUAUUGAGCAAGGUCAAGGACGUCAAGAAAUUCGCCCUCUUUGCCGGUCCUCGUCUGUCAAGUGUAAUAUAUGGCGACGGAAUCGCGUUGAUCGGAGACGCAUCUCAUCGUAAGUUUUCACUUCUGUUUAUAAAUAUACUUCUAACAGCCAAUUCCGCAAUUCAGCGCUAUCGGGAGCAUUCGGCGCCGGAGUGGGCUUCGCCCUAGAGGAUGUAUACGUGCUUACACAAGCCGUUAAAUGGGCGCACGAGAGAGGCCAUCCCGUGCGUGACGCUCUCGAAAUAUAUGAUCGAGUGAGAUCACCACACUACGAAGCGAUGUACAACAUCUUGGACAAAUUCGGGCAGUCUAACGAAGCGGUUCGCAAUGCUGCCUCGUUCGACGAGGCCGUAGAGAUAACCAUCAAAAGCAAAUGGGCUGACCAAUAUGGGUGGUUGUAUCAUUACGAUGUGAGUGGACCAGAUAUGGAAACAGUAGUAUGAGUGGCUAACGAAGAUGCAGGUACAAGAAGUCUGGAAGAAGGC